GCCUGUGGGCAGGAGAGGUUCUGUCAAAUGCGAGGUUCCUUUAAUAAGAGCGACCAGUCCGGCUCCGAGAGUCAUGGCGACCGCAGCGUCUAACCACUACAACAUUCUCACCUCCAGCGCAUCCAUCGUGCACUCGGAGCCCGGCAGCAUGCAGCAAGCCACGGCGUACCGGGACGCGCAGAGCCUGUUGCAGAGCGACUACCCGCUGCAGAGCAACAGCCACACGCUCAGCCACGCACACCAGUGGAUAACGGCGCUGUCCCACGGAGAGGGAGCCCCGUGGUCCUCGAGCCCGCUCGGCACGGAGCAGGACAUUAAACCCGCGGUGCAGGGCGCCCGGGAUGAGAUGCACAAUUCCAGCAGCAACCUGCAGCACCAGUCACGGCCGCCCCACCUGGUGCACCAGACGCACGGGAACCACCACGACGCCCGCGCGUGGAGAACCACCACGGCGGCGCACAUACAGAGCAUGGCGACGACAAACGGCCAAAGCCUUAUUUACUCUCAGCCGGGCUUCACCGUCAACGGGCUCAUCCCGGGCAGCGGGCAGGGGAUGCACCACCACAACCUAAGAGACAGUCACGAAGACCACCACAGCCCGCACCUCAGCGAACACGGCCACCCUCCGUCCCAGCAUCAGCACCAGCACCGGCCGCAGAGCCACCACGACCACUCGGACGAGGAUACGCCGACCUCGGACGACUUGGAGCAGUUCGCCAAGCAGUUCAAACAGCGCAGGAUCAAGCUGGGAUUCACGCAGGCGGACGUGGGACUCGCCCUGGGGACCCUGUACGGAAAUGUGUUUUCGCAAACCACCAUAUGCAGGUUUGAGGCCCUGCAGCUCAGCUUCAAAAACAUGUGCAAGCUGAAGCCUCUAUUGAACAAGUGGCUGGAGGAGGCGGACUCCACCUCGGGCAGCCCGACCAGCCUGGACAAAAUCGCGGCGCAAGGGAGGAAAAGAAAAAAACGGACUUCAAUCGAGGUAAGCGUAAAAGGAGCUUUGGAGAGCCAUUUUUUGAAGUGCCCUAAACCGGCAGCGUCGGAAAUAAUCAGCCUGGCGGACAGUCUGCACCUGGAGAAAGAAGUGGUGAGGGUUUGGUUUUGUAACAGGAGACAGAAGGAAAAACGCAUGACCCCUCCGGGAGGAGCGCUGCCGGGGAGCGAGGAUGUGUACGGGGACACGCCGCCGCACCACGGGGUCCAGACCCCGGUCCAAUGAACUCUGCCGGACCGGCUCCUCCAGGACUUGUUUACCGUUUUAAUUUAUCCCACCCCCCAAGGUUAUAUAUAAAUCACUGGACUAUGAAACGAUAUAGUGGGUGUUUUAUGUAUAAUAGAUUGCAGUGAUUACUGACACAAUAUCUGCAGUGAAUAUCUGAGAAAUGGAAAACGAGUGACGGGAGGACAGGACAUUUUUUGUCCUCCCCUCUCGCAGAGCUGAAGGAACAUAAGCCCGUGUUAUGUUCUCCGAGGAUACAUGCCCAGCACUGUGACUCCAGACGACGCAGUUUCAAGGUGUAGCCCCUAUUGUGUACUGAAAUUAUACUUGACGAAAAAAAGGAGGGGAGGGGAAGAAUGGUUUUAGAAGAAAAGCUUCCAUUUUCCAGUUUUUUUUCUUCUUCUAUUUUUUUCUUAAAUAUAUCAAAUCCAACCUUUUUGGGGCUGUGCGUAAAAGGGAAAUCAACGAUGUUUUUUAUCUUUUCUUUUCGUUUCUUUUUCUUUUUUUUUAGUUUUGUAGCUCUAAAUUGUGCGUCCAGCAGUGAUGGGUGUGUGGGUAGUGCAGUGGGAGGUCAAAGGAGCUGCGUUAAUGGAGUAAAGUGGAGGCCGGUAUAGGCUUCAGCCCCAGUGCAGUGGAGUCCAGCUGAGGAGCGUCUCCCAGCUCCAGGAUUGGGGCUCCGUGGCGAUUGAUUGGAUUAUAUGGCACCUUUUUCUUUUUUUCUCUUUUUUUUCUUCUCCCCACAACAGGAUGGGCUCCAGACACACACACACAGAUCUCGACACAAGCAACUCUCACAGAACAGUUUGGAUCCGCUUUUGUAAAUAUUGUAUAACUUUAAAAAGUCAUCCCUCUUUUUUCUCGCUUUUUCUUCACUGGGGCACUUUUUCCCAUUUUCUUUCAUUUUUUUUGUCCCCCUCCCCCAAAAAACAAAAAAAAACAAAACAAAAAACAAAACAAAAAUCACACACAAGCAGGUUGAGCUUCAGAGUCCUUAGCCUAAACCCACCGCCUUGCACUUGUGUACCUUUUUUUAAUGGUUCGGACUUUUUUUCUUUUUCUUUCUUUCUCUUUUUUUUUGGUAACGCGUUAAUUUUGACGUCUAAAAAAUGUCUGCUAUUUUUGUUUGUUUUUUUAUUUUUUUUAAUUCCUCUGAACUUUUAUUUUGCAUUAUUAUUAUUAUUAUUAUUAUUAUUAUUAUUAUUAUUAUUAUUAUUAUUAUUUGCUUAAAUCGCCAAGUAAGAGUUUGCUUUCGCCAUUUUGCGCCCGCUCUGAAAUAAAACAGUGCUUUAAGAGUGAAUCCACAUAAAUAUGGCAGAGAAAUGUCCACAAAUAAACGAUCUAAGGGGAGGAUUACAAAACAAAAUUAAUGUGCGAAUAAUUUGUCCUCAAAACAUAUUUUAGUGGCGUUCCAAAAAUUGCAGCAUAUGAUCAAAAUUAUUAUUAUUUUACAAUAACCAUGCAGCCUUUUUGUUCGUCUGUUUUGCCUUUUUUAUAUAACGGGGGAAAUUGCGCGUAGACAUUUUAUUUAAUGUUAUUUUUUUUAGUUUUGUUAAUGAGAUUGUAAUUUAUUCUGGGUGGCUUUUACAGAAGAGACAAAGGGUGAGAAAUAUAAGAAAUGAAGAGCCGAGAAGGCUUUUGUUUUGUAGGGGACGGGGUGACAGAAAGAGAGACCUAUUUUUCUUUCUUUUUUCUUUUUUUUUUGUAAUAGCGGGAUUGCCACAGCCUGGACCGUCACAGCUAAAUGUAUAUACAUGUUUUUCUCCGUGCAGUAGCUCGCUUUUUUGUUUUAUGCAAAGAGAGAAAUCCAGGGACUUUUUCCCCUCUAAUGUGGAAACUGCUUUUCUUUUCUCCUCCUCUUCCUUCUCUGUGUUUCUUCUGCAGAAAAAAAACAAUAAUAUCAUUAACAAGCAGAAACCAUCAUGGCAUUGAAAUCUUUCUUCCAGUAGCUUUAAAACCAAUCGAUCCAAGUCACAAUUCACUGGAAAUACAAGUUGUGGGAUGUAGACCUGUAGCAAUCCAACGCUGUUCUUCUUGCUGUUUUUGUUUAAUUGCUUGUUUGUUUUGUUUUGUUUUUCUUUGGGGGGGGAUAGGCUAUGUCAUAUUCACUGGAUGAACUUGGGGUAGAUAUGACGCAGAGGUGAGGAAUGCCUGCAGGUGUUUCAUCACUUGACACAUGAACAACGGACUUGCACAUUUUUAAAUAACGGGGUUGAUAUUAAACAGCUU